UUUCUUUAAUGGAGGAAGUAAGAGAUUCACUUUAUUUUGGUUUUCGUGGGAAAUUACUUCACUUUAAAACCCUUUGUUGCUGUCUCUCUCUUCUCUCAUUUCCUAUCUCAUGACUUGUACAGGAAUGAACAUGAAGUCUUCUAGUACUGUUUUCAGAGAGAAAAUUCAGUUUGGCAAAGUGGAGAGAUGCAUCAACAUGGGGAGGAGACCCGUACGUUUCAUCUUAUCAACUUUGUUCAUAGCCACUAUUUUCAGCAUCUUCCUCCUCUAUUCUCCAAACCCUUUAUAUCUCAUAUCCAAACAAGGCCUUGAACAACAAGCUUCAUCACCCAUGCAAGGACACAAAUCCCAUCAGAAAAGAGAGAGCUGUGACUUGUCUAAAGGUCAUUGGGUUCGAGAAACAAGAGGGUCAUUCUUCUAUACCAAUUCCAGCUGUGCAACAAUCCCGGAAUCAAAGAAUUGUUUCAAGCAAGGGAGGAUGGACAUGGAUUUUCUCAAUUGGAGAUGGAAACCAGACCAAUGUGACCUGCCACCGUUUAAUGCCAAAACAUUCCUGCAAAUUGUGCAAGGAAAGACAAUGGCAUUUAUUGGUGACUCUGUUGGUAGGAACCAUAUGGAAUCCCUUCUAUGCCUAUUGUCACAGGAGGAAAUUCCAGAAGACAUUUACAAGGAUUCAGAAGACAGAUUCCGGACAUGGUACUUUCGUCGUAGUAACUUCACCCUUAAGGUGCUUUGGACCAAAUUCCUCAUAGCAGGUGAGGAAAGAAUGAUCAAUGGUACAGGGUCCAGUAUUUUUGACUUGCAACUUGACAAGGUUGAUGAUGGAUGGGCUAAACACCUUCCAGGUGUGGACUAUGCUAUCGUUUCAGCCGGGCAUUGGUUCUUCCGAGUAAUGUACCUACAUGAAGGUGACAAUGUAGUAGGAUGUGUUUAUUGCAAUGAACCAAAUGUCACUAAUCGCAAUGUUGACUUCGCUCUUCAAAUGUCGUUUCGAGCUACUUUUAAUUAUAUCAAUGGCUGCAAGAAUUGCAGUGGCCUAGUGACUUUGUUAAGAACAUUUACACCAGCACACUUUGAGAAUGGGGCUUGGAAUACCAGAGGGUACUGCAACAGAACAGGACCUUUCAAUGAGACUGAGAUAGACUUAACGAGUUCUGAAUGGCAAAUGAGGAAUGCUCAGGUAAAAGAGAUCAAAAGAGCAAGAAAAUUUGGGGGAAACCAAGGGAAGAGAUUUGAGGUUGUAGAUGUUACAAGGGCUAUGCUGAUGAGACCUGAUGGGCACCCUGGAGAGCAUUGGGGCAACAAAUGGAAAAGUGGUUACAAUGAUUGUGUUCAUUGGUGUAUGCCCGGCCCGGUUGAUACAUGGAGUGAAAUUUUUAUGGCAGUUCUUAGAAAGGAAGCAGGGUUGAGUUCUUUAUAAAGGGUUGCGGCUAAUUAGUUAGGAACAACAUAGCAGUAUAGUAUACAUUCUUUCAUAUAAUAAGGUCCUCAUUAUUGUUUAUACAGGCGCAUAGUUGUUUGAGCUGAAAAUAUGAGCAUGCCAAUGAGAUAAAUGAUCAUGAAAAUUGUAUUUUUAUAGGUUUCCCAAAAACUCAAUCAGAUUGAUACACAUGUCUACAUGAAA